AAAGAAAAAUGAAAUUUAAUUAAAUGGAGGCCAAAUGGGGGCUAGUAUAGGUAAAACUUCUGAAAUUUUUAACCCAGUAGCAAAAGAUGAGAUUUAUAAAAGAAAUCAUAAUAGAUAUAAUAUUAGUUAAGGAUAAAAGGGUGGAUGAAUGUGUUCCUGUGCUGAUUUGAUCUAUUCACAAUCUAAAAGAUAGACUUUGAUUGAAUAACUUUUAGUUUCAAUUUAGAGUGUCAUGUGUGGGCUCCUUCCUAGUACGAUAUUUUACGAGAACUUAAUAUACUUGAAUUUUGUGUUAUCUUGGCUGUUGUAAUUGCCUAUUUAGUUCUCAAAUUCUGUUGGGGACACUUCUUAUUUGUUGGCAUUGGACUCUGAAUAUUAACAUUGUUGCCUGAAUCCUCAUCGUUAGGUGAAUAUUACUAUAUCUUUGCAUUUUUAGCUUCGGUUAUUUUCUAUAAAGUAGGAGACAAAAGGGACAAGAUUUUUUCACUUUGCACCAAUAUCCAAAAGACUUGAUGCUGUCACCCUUAAGACGGUGGAUGAAAUAACUAUACUGUUCACGAAGAUCUGAAUAAGACUCACACUAUUGAAAAUGGCUUCCCUCAAGAGGUAUUGAUUAUCGGCUCACAUUAUCUUUAUUUUCAAUGAAGAGACGGUGGAUGAAAUAACUAUACUGUUCACGGACAUCUGAAUAGGACUUACACUAUUGAAAAUGGCUUCCCUCUAGAGGUUCUAUCAAAUUGGUAUCAGAGCCGUGAAAUUCUGGGAAUCAAAUGCCAGCCACUAGAAUGGAUAGCCGAAUCGAGUUGUUGGAAGACUCGGUAUCACAGAUUUCGACCUUGAGGGCCACUGUGAACAAAUUGAAAGGAGAUCUGGAACAUUUGAACGCAAGGUUGGAGAUGGAGCUGGGCAAAAUGAACGAAGGACUCCUAGCCCUAGUGAAAAUGAUUAAAGGGCGGUCGCUAGAAACUUCCGAUUUGACUGGAGAAGGAAGUGGAACGAAAUCGGUGAAUACCGUAGAGAACCCGACUGAAUUGGAGCCCUUCGCAUCUGGGAAAGCAGCUGAAAAUUCCUUCGAAGGUAACUAUCGCAAGCUGGAGUUACCAUUGUUCAAUGUAGUCGACCCUGACUCCUGGAUAUUCAGGGCUGAGAGGUAUUUCAAUGUGAAUAAAAUUGCUGAGGCUGAGAGAGUUGUGGUGGCUGGGGUGUGUAUGGAGAGAAGCGCCUCAUCCUGGUUUCAAUGGGAGGAGGGAAGGCAUCCCAUACGCAGCUGGACAGAACUCAAACAAAGGGUACUAGUGAGGUUUCGGGAUCCUCAAUAUGGCACCCUGCACCAACAAUUUCUAGCCAUUCGACAGACUGGAAGAGUGGCAGAAUUCAGAGAGCAAUUUGAAAUCAUGGCUGCACCUCUGAAGAAUGUGAGUGAGGAUACUUUAGAAGGAGUCUUCAUUAAUGGGUUGGUGGAGGAGGUGCAAGCUGAAGUGUUGAUGGCAAAUUCGACAGGAGUGUUGAUGGCAAAUUCGACAGGAUUGUCACAAAUUAUGGAUAUGGCUCAACGGGUGGAGGAUAGAAAUAACCGGGUCAGUAAGGUAAAGGAAAGGAAGAGGCCGCGAGUUAGAAGUAUCCCUGCUCCUAUGCCGGUAAAGUUCGAACAGCGAACCUUUUCCUGGAACUUAUUGAAGGGAACUACAUUACCGGAGAAGAUGGGAAACAAUCUGUCGAACGCCAUUGCUGGUUUCAAAUGGCUGUCUCAAGUUGAGAUUCAAGCAAAGAAAGAGAAGGAGUUAUGUUUUCGUUGUGAUGAGAAGUAUACCAUCGGUCAUCGGUGUCGAAACAAGGAAUUAUAGGUACUAUUAGUGGAUGAUGAAGUGGGGAAGGAAG